ACAAAUGAUAGAAAAUAGACUCAAGUAAUUUCAGUAAUACGAGUUCGAUUUUUAUAUUUGAGGACCGUUGGCGAAACUGUCUUACGCGGCUGUUAAUGUCACAUUACAGAACUGUAAACAGAAAUUCAGUUAAUUGUCCCGCAGCCAACGGGGAUACGUAUGUACAUGGAUUCUCCAUUCCGUAGAAAUAUUUCGAGAAAAUCGGAGAUUUAUAAUAUCAAAUACCGUUGUGUCGCUUGUUCUGUGGACGCUGUGAAUUUACUUUUAAUUUAUGCAAAAUGGCUUUACGUACAGUGGAAUCUGUGUUUUGUUCAGUUUUGUAAAACUUUUGAUUCUAGGAUAAAAAUUGUCUAACUCUAAGAGAUAUUGACGAGAAUUGUCGUAUGGAUUUUUUUAGAAUGAGACACAGAAAGGUAAUAAGUAUCAUACAUCGUAUGAAAGUGUGCAGAGUGUUUCACUACUUGCAGUACAAUCUUCUACGUCGAAAACUAAUUUUCACGUUUAACUUACAUGCUGAUGCAAAAGGAGGAAUCAUUUGAAAUAUUGUUAGAAGAAGGGAAAAGAUACUUAUUUAUAAUGAAGGAAUUUUACGAUGAUUUGAAAAAAAUGUCAUGCGACCAAAAAUUGUUAACCCUGCUGGAUCGUUAUUCACGAUACAAGAUACGAUUAAGGGAGGAUAUGGAGAAACUGAGAGAGAUGUACGAUGGUGAUAUUGUCGUGGAUGAUGAUGAUGAUGAUGAUGACGAUGACGAUGAUGACGAUGAUGAUGAUGAUGAUGCAGGCAUAGAAGAUGGAAAUGAGAUGGAAUAUAUGGAAAUAGAGCUGGAAGAGGAUCAAGAUCUUUUUCUCGAAGAACAAUUCCAAUAUUUUUAUAAUAUUAUGUACCGAAAGUAUACUCUUGCCAAUAUGGAAAUGUUUAUUUUACGGCUGUUAAAAGUAAAUGAAAGUUCUGUAAACAUUCAGUUAUCAAUAUAUUCGAAGUUGCAGAUCUGCUUGAAAGAAUAUUGUAAAAGAGUGCAAAUGUUUUUGAAGCGAAAUAAAACAUGUGCGGAAUCGCCGGAUGGUUUCAGAAAAAAAGAAUUAAAUUUAAGAACAGUGAAGAAAUUUAAGCAACUACAGAAGCUUUUGCUUACAAUCAGAGAGGUACAGUUAAAUGGAAAAUUAUUACGAUCUUUGCUAAUCAAACAUUACGAUUUCUCUUGUAAUCAAACAAAUAAUUUCUUUUACAAUAAAGAAACAAAUAUUUGUUAUGGAAAUUAUGGUUCAAUCACGUGUGAUCGAAAAAAACGAAGGAGAGAAAAAUAAUUAAAAUUCGUACUCUGCGAUUUCAUUACG